GCCAUAUUAAAGAAACGUGGCGGCACGUUGAGACGCGAUUGGCAGCAGAGACGAGACGACGCCCAAACAUCAUAGGGUUUGUGACAAGUGUGGACGCGUUGAGCUACGUUCCAGUACGACCACUGCGUGUCGCGUUUAUUUAACUAUUAUUAGGUAUCAGUGAGGAGGACGAUUGCCCGUGGUGAGUCCGUGGAGAGGUUGAAAAAAUGAUUCUCGAAUCGUGCUGGUCGCCCUGCAUAUGGACGAAUAAUACCAAAACUGCCUGCAAAGCUAUAGCCUUUUACACGGUGGCUAUCAGCGUUGUGUUGAUAACGUUGAUAAUUUAUCAACUCAAUGGCGGUGAUUCCACGCAGCUUUAUAAUCCAUUAUUUGAAUCUGAUGUCAGAAGCUCUAUGCCAGUGAUUGGAGGAAUCCUCAUCUACUAUUUUCUAUCGUUAAUUGUCUUUGCUAUGCUAAUGGUCCAUGGUAUUCGUAGAGGCGUACGUGGUUGGCUAUUACCGUGGCUUACAGCUUGGUUCAUCGUUUGUCUGUUUCAAUUGAUAUUUGGACUUUGGCUACUUGGAGGAUAUUAUAUUUAUCUGGAAAGUGUGUUUGCUACUUUAUGCAACUGGCUUUGGAUGGGUUAUAAUUUAUACUGCUGGUUCGUCGUAUUAUCAAUGUAUAAAAUAUUUGAAGCAUUUCAAUCACCAAACAUUGAACUUUUAUAUCCUUAAGUCAGAAGAAUAAAUGAUCUUUAAGUGCCUUUGAAGCAAUGAACUGUGUGACGCCAAAGUGAGCCAGCCAAUACGAACAUAUCUCCAAGGGGUUGCAGAUAUGAUCAAGAAUAUUUGUAAAUAUUUCUUUGUAGAAAUCACACAAAUAUCUCCUAGUUAUCAUAUUCACUAAAAUGAUAUCAUAUAUCAUAUGCAAGCAUACAGACUUCUAUCUGUAAAAGAUUUUUUAGAUACUUUACGCCUUGUA